AUGGCAUUUCAUUGGUGGGUUUGGCCGGCAAAGGAGAGCUGCCGUCUUUCUGGUACCAGGAGCAGCCUUCCAGAAAUGGCAAAGAUGUUUUUCUCUGGUGGGCAGUGUGGCCACGUUGGCAGACCUGAAGAACUUUUACUGAUGUUUAAGGUAGCCCUUGUCAUCAUUUUUCUUCAUGUCACUCUGGUUACAUCCCUGGAAGAACAUGCUUACAAUUCCAGUUUGCUGUCACCAUCUGCUGAAUCAUCUCUCGUUGAUUCUGUCCCCUUCUCCAAUGAGGUUGAAACUACAAGCCUAAAUGAUGCUACUUCAAGCGUGUUAUCUACUUUGAACAGAACAGAAAAAACUAAAAUCACUAUAGUAAAAACCUUCAAUGCAUCAGGUGUCAAACCCCCGAGAAAUAUCUGCAAUUUGUCAUCUAUUUGCAAUGAUUCAGCCUUUUUUAGAGGUGAGAUCAUGUUUCAAUAUGAUGAAGAAAGCAAUAUUACCCAGAAUCAAGUUAUGGCUAAUGGCACGUUAACUGGAAUCCUGUCUCUAAGGGAAUUGAAACGAUCAGAACUCAACAAAACUCUGCAAACCUUAAGUGAGACUUACUUUAUAGAGUGUGCUACAGCAGAGUCCCAAAGCACAGUAAAUUGUACAUUCACCAUAAAAUUGAAUAAAACAAUGAACAUAUGUGCUGUGAUGGUUGCUUUCCAAACAGUAAAGAUUCGACCGAUGGAACAGUGCUGCUGUUCUGCCAGGACCCCCUGCCCUUCCUCCCUGGAGGAGGUAAAGAAACUGCAGUGUGACCUGCAGGAUCCCGUUGUGUGUCUCGCUCGUCAUCCACACGGCCCACCAUUCUCUUCUUCCAGCAAUGCCAUCCCAGUUGCUCCUCAGGCCACCAUUGUGUCCCAGAUCUCUAGUGCCUUCUCUUUUGCUGAGCCUCUAGCUCAUCCACUUGUAACCCAGAGCCCUCAAUCUCCAACAGGGGUGAUUCCCCUACCUUCUCCCCAGCCUUCAGCUCCCAUAACUUCCAGCCCAGCCAUUGAUAUGCCCCUGCCAUCUGGAACUGUCUCUUCCCCUAAGCCUCCACCUGAUCUUCCCCUCACCCUGCCCCGUGGGAAGUCCUCAGCCCCCUCUCCCACCACAUCUGCCACUGUGAACGUCAACACGACUGGCAUACCUCCUGACAAGACAGAAAUUGUUCACACCAGCAGCAUCAGUGUCUCUGAUCUUGAGAACCAAGUGUCCCGGAUGGAGCGGGCUCUGUCCUUAGGCAGCUUGGAGCCUAACCUUGCAGGACAAAUGAUAAACCAAGUCAGCCGACUCCUUCAUUCUCCGCCCACCUUGUUGGCCCCUUUGGCCCAAAGAUUGCUAAAAGUAGUGGAUGACAUUGGCUUACAGCUGAAUUUUUCAACCAAAUCCAUAAGUCUGACCUCCCCUUCUUUGGCUCUGGCCGUGAUCAGAGUAAAUGCCAGUAAUUUUGACACAACUACUUUUGCUGCCCAAGACCCUGCAAAUCUUCAGGUUUCUCUGGACGCUCAAGCUCCUGAGAACAGUAUUGGCAUUAUUACUUUGCCUUCAUCAUUGAUGAGUCAUUUAGCAGCUGAUGCUCUGGAGCUGGCUUCCAGGGUGCAGUUCAACUUUUUUGAAACUCCUGCCCUGUUUCAGGACCCUGCCUUGGAGAACCUCUCUCUGAUCAGCUAUGUCAUUUCCUCAAGUGUUGCGAACCUGACAGUCAAGAACUUGACAAGAAACGUGACGGUUACCUUAAAGCAUAUCGACCCGAGCCAGGAUGACUUAACAGUGAGAUGUGUAUUUUGGGACUUGGGCAGAAAUGGUGGCAGAGGAGGCUGGUCAUCUGAUGGCUGCUCUGUCAAAGACAGGAGGCUGAACGAGACCACCUGUACCUGCAGCCAUCUUACAAGCUUCGGCGUUCUGCUGGACUUGUCUCGAACAUCCUUGCCACCAGCUCAGAUGAUGGCCCUAACAUUUAUUACCUAUAUUGGUUGUGGGCUUUCAUCAAUUUUUUUGUCAGUUACUCUUGUAACCUACAUAGCCUUUGAAAAGAUCCGGAGGGAUUACCCUUCCAAAAUCCUCAUCCAGCUGUGCACAGCCCUGCUCCUGCUGAACCUGGUGUUCCUCUUGGACUCGUGGAUUGCUUUAUAUGACAUAAGAGGCCUCUGCAUCUCAGUGGCUGUAUUUCUGCAUUAUUUUCUCUUGGUCUCAUUCACAUGGAUGGGCUUGGAAGCAUUCCAUAUGUACCUGGCCCUUGUCAAAGUGUUUAAUACUUACAUCCGAAAAUACAUCCUUAAAUUCUGCAUUUUUGGUUGGGGCAUCCCGGCUGUGGUUGUGACCAUCGUCCUGAUUAUAUCUCCAGAUAACUAUGGGCUUGGAUCCUAUGGGAAAUUCCCCAAUGGGUCGCCUGAUGACUUUUGCUGGAUCAAUAGCAAUGCUGUAUUCUAUAUCACGGUUGUGGGGUAUUUCUGUGUGAUAUUUUUGCUGAACGUCAGCAUGUUCAUUGUGGUCCUGGUUCAGCUUUGUCGAAUUAAAAGGAAGAAGCAACUGGGAGCCCAGAGGAAAACCAGUAUUCAAGACCUCAGGAGUGUCGCUGGCCUUACGUUUUUACUAGGAAUUACUUGGGGCUUUGCCUUCUUUGCCUGGGGACCAGUUAAUGUCACCUUCAUGUAUCUCUUUGCCAUCUUCAAUACCUUACAAGGGUUUUUCAUAUUCAUCUUUUACUGUGUAGCAAAAGAGAAUGUCAGAAAGCAGUGGAGGCGGUAUCUUUGUUGUGGAAAGUUACGACUGGCUGAAAAUUCUGACUGGAGUAAAACUGCUACUAAUGGUUUAAAGAAGCAGACUGUAAACCAGGGUGUCUCCAGCUCUUCAAAUUCCUUACAGUCAAACAGUAACUCCACCCACUCCACCACGCUGCUAGUGAAUAAUGAUUGCUCAGGACUCGCCAGCGGGAAUGGGAAUACUUCUACAGAGAAGAAUGGUGUUUCUUUCAGUGUUCAGAAUGGAGAUGUGUGCCUCCAUGAUUUCACUGGAAAACAGCAUAUAUUUAAUGAGAAAGAAGAUUCCUGCAGUGGUAAAAACCGUAUCGCUCUAAGAAGGACUUCAAAGCGGGGAAGCUUACACUUUAUUGAGCAAAUGUGA